AUGGGCUUCGACGGAGAGAGUGACACGACCACCGACAUGGAGGAGUCAGACAUCCGUUUCGAAGCCGAGUGCGGCACUAACCCAAACGAAGAUAUGGACGAGUCUGAUGAUCCUGGUGAACCUGACUCCACCUACGUGCUCUCUGCAAAAGAAAGCUUCAUGAGUGACCGUGAACAGGUGUCACUCCAGAAGGAGCGCAAAUUUAUUGUAUUUGAGGGUUGCCUCCUGGAGCUCGUCCAAGUGUGUCGCACCUGCCUUGCCCCUUGCCGCAACGCCAUCGUAGUCCAAGGCACUCAAGUGAGAAUAACGAGCACCUGUGCACAGAACCACGUGGAGCGGUGGUGGAGCCAACCUCAGGUGAGUGGCAAAGCAGCAGGCAAUAUCCUGAUUUGUGCGGAAAUUCUGUUUUCCGGAGCCCCUGUUGCGACUACCCUGCGGUUGCUCAAGUCCAUCAACGUCGCAACAGUCUCGGAGCGCACCUUCCGCUACUACCAGCAGGCUUACCUGCUGCCCGCUGUGAAGCAGGUUUACAAGCGGCACAACUCGGAGCUCCUAGAAGGACUCCAAGGAAAGACCGUCGACCUAGCUGGAGAUGGGCACUGCGACCCGCCGGCGUUCAGUGCAAAACAUUGGACUUACAGCUUCCACGAGGCGAGCACCAAGAAGGUCAUUCACAUUGAGCAGGUGCGAGUCGGUGAGGUAAGAUUUACUAACCAAAACAAAAAGCCUACUCUGCGUCACACACCCCUUUACUUAGAAUAA